GUGUGCUCUACGUCAUGUUCAUGCGUCCUCGAACCACAACAACAGUCCAACUCUGAUGCCUGCUGUAAAUACUUUAUUGUGAUUCCUAUUUAGAUCAUAUAAAUGACGGCGGAGUAUAGACAGAUGAUAUUGUAAUUCGUGUCAUUAAAUAAGAUUAAAUAAUGCUGGAAAAUAAUGAAGAUCUGGAGACUCUGGGAGAGAAACUGUAUGAUCUGAUAUAUCCUAAAUACACUGAGAUGACAGCUAAACUUACAGGUAUGUUGUUGGAGUUACCUGUUUCUGUUGUAUCUCAGAUGUUGUGUGAUGAAGCUCUGCUGAAUAAAGCACUGGAAAGAGCACUGACCGUUCUCACAUCAUCGGACAGCAGUGAACCCGUGUCUCACACUGAUGAUGCGGCGUCUGUGUCCUCCGACUCUCUGGGUGAACAGCUCUUUGACCUCAUUGACCUCUACAACACUGGACACACACAGAAAAUAACAGGCAUGUUAUUGGAGCAGAAGAAGGAGGCGGUGUUUCAGCUGCUGUCGGAUCAUUCGCUCCUCGAGGAACAAGUCAAGAUCGCCUUAAAAACCUUGCAGGAGCAGGGUGACGAGGCGACAGAUGUGAGUGACAGCUCUGAUCGAGAUGAAGUGGAAUCCAUCGGCGAGACGCUUUUCAGUAUUGUGUAUCAGUUAGACCCCACCCACUGCGCUGACAUCACUGGGAUGCUGCUGGAAAUGGAUUCUGGAACGCUGAAACAGAUUCUGUCCGACCGGAGCAUGUUGGAAGUCGCAGUUCAAAGGUGUAUAUGA